CAGUUACCUCGCGACAAUUCUCACAGUAUCAUCGCACUCACGGUAUUCCGGGGGCUGACCACCCCAAGAUAAAUUCAACUUUAUUGUUGUUUAUCUAUUCGCGCUCAACCUCUAUUAGAAUAUUUUAGACUAUUUUAUUCCACGAGUAUUGUUUUCUAUUGUAUUGAAUUGUAGAUUUUUUUACCGAGUUUUUAAUACCUUUGUUUUGGUUUUACGUCGACAGAAUCUUAAUAAAAUAUUCUGGCUGUCGGUGUUAUCAAAUAAAACACGAAACAAUUGAUAAUAAUGAAAUUAUAUUAGUAAAAAGCUUCCUUAAACUUGUCUAAUAUAAAAUUAAACCAAAUCGCGAUUUACCGGUCGCUGUAUUUUGAUAAUAAAAUAAUAAUGAUAAUUUAAAAAUAGUGUAACUGGCAGUGUGUCAAUUAAUUAAAAUUAAACGAUUGAGAAAAGGUGAAUCAACAUUAUGGCCAGCAGCGUAUGAUAUCUGUUCUAGACAAACAUACUUGCAAACGCGAAACAAAAGAGAGGAGUUGAUGGUGUGGUCAAGUGCGUGUGCAAACAAAACAAAGUGAAAAUAAUUAAAAACAAUAUUUAAUAUCCGUAAGAAGCCUAAGCGGAUGAAAUAAUAAUAACAGUAAUCAUAAUUACAAAGCUAAAGGCUUAGGUGAUUGAACGUUUGUAUCGACGCUGGCAUGUCAGAUCGUCGAGCUCCUUCGAGAGUGAUCGAUAGUUCUCUAGAUAGAACUUUAUCUUUUUUUCUAUAAAAUAGGAGUUGCAAAAAAUAUAAAAAUAAAAUAGGGAGCUGGUGGUCCUCGAAAAAGCUCCCCGGUAGUUUUAGUAAAAACCCAGGAGAUAAAACCCGGUGAAAUAAAUUAGGUAAUAAAAAUAAAAAGGAAUAAUGGCGCUGUUUUCGGGGGGUAAUGGUUCACCGAGGACCUCCCAAAACAGUCCUGGGCCAACUAGUACGCCAUCAAGACAAAGGAGUCUCAAAGACCGGCUUCGGGAUGGAAUCACCACUGGAUUUAAUUGGCAGUCACGUCGCAUGUCGCAGCAAGAUGUUACGCUGACAAGAUCAACUGAGAAUCUAGCAAAGUCCUUCUUUCGGAGUAAGAGCCGCAGUGUGGAUCAUGGAUUCACGACGCCAUACGACUUGGAAUCACUUCGCAGCAAAGUUGAAAGUCGCUUUGAGUCUGUGGAUAAACUAUCCAGAGCAGAUUCAGACAACGAAAGCAAAGACGGAUCCAGCUCCAAUGAGAAGAAACACGUCAAGCUUACACAGCCUGAAAACACUAUUGCUUAUACGGUGGGUAACAGAGAUACACUGACGUCUGUAGCAGCAAGAUUUGACACCACACCGUCAGAAUUGAGCAAACUAAAUCGACUUGGCAGCACUUUUAUUUACCCUGGCCAGCAGCUUUGGGUGCCGAUAAAAGGCGAAGCUCGGUUGGGCGGCGAUGGAGCUACCCUGGAUGCUCCCAGUCCUGAUCCUGGUCAUGAUCAUGACUCACAAGAUGAUUUGCCGCCUGAAGAAAAGGAAUUAUUGGAUAACUUACGGCCUGUUUCACCAAAACCAGGUCACAUGGAACGAGUUAAAACCCCGCUUGACAGUGGUAAUGCAGCAGCUAUGGAUGAGGAUGAACCAGCCUACCGAGAGAGAUUUUUGAAGAUCAACGUUCGUCAUAUCACUGAUGGACAGGGUGUAGUCGGGGGUGUUUUAUUGGUGACACCAAAUGCCGUAAUGUUUGAUCCAAAUGUGUCAGACCCGUUGGUUAUAGAGCACGGAGCAGAAUCGUACGGUGUGAUUGCGCCAAUGGAGUUCGUAGUUAACGCUGCGAUUUACUACGAUAUUGCCCACAUGCGGGUCAGCCAUACAGACGCCAUGAGUUCGGACAAGAAGCCGGAGAUUUAUUACAUGAAGAAGCCAGAGAGAAGUGAUGCCCGGAAGUGUUUAUCGCCCGGCAAGGAUGAUAACUUUUCGGAACUUGCCGGUGACGACAAUGAAAGCGUUUGUAGCUGCGCUGAAAGAGAAGGCGACGCCUUUCCAAAGGCCUUUGAACGAGACCUUGUCACUCCUACUAAUUUACAGAGCGACGAGGGAGCUACUUCUGGAAAAGAUAAAGAUAAGGAUAAAGACAAAGACAGAGAAGAUAAAGAUAAAGAUAAAGAUAAAUUGGAUGAGACCGCUGAGAAAGAUCUUUGUGUCGGACAAUCCAGUAGGACACUCGAGGAACGCAGGCGUUCCAUGCUGGAUCAUCACUGGGCCGUUCCGAGCAAAGACAGAUGCUCAUUUUCUGUCGACGACGAGCAACAGGACUCUAUUAAUUCUGAUAAAAGCCAACCGGAGCCAGCAAAGCCAAUUGCAAUUCCUGAGGGUGAAGACGGAUCUCUAGUCAAAUUGUCAUGCUAUGAUUCUGGUAUCGACAUACGUGAACCUAAUCCUCCCCUUCCCGUAGUACAACCCAUCCCUUCAAAAAAAAAAUAUUCGGACGCGGACAUAGUUUUAUCUACAGAUUGGGUGCCGCCAAUAACGAUCGCACCUACCAACGUCUCAUCCGGGAGCGCAUUGGACGUCCUGUCAGUGGUGAACGGCGGCGGGAGAAAGAAGGCCAGCUCCGUUUCCUUCAGCUUGGACAGUAACGCCGAGGAACAGGAGAAAGAUGAGGAGCACAAAGAUGAUGACAAACAAGAGACUCGCAGAAAUAAGAUGCUCAAGAGGCUGUCAUAUCCAUUGUCCUGGAUGGAGGGUCUUACCGGCGACAGCAAAGAUGAAGAAAAUAAAACCGUACCUGAAAAAGUACCAAGCCUCCCCAACAGCGCUGAUAGUCACCACUCAUCGGUAUUCAGUAAAGUAUUCUCAAGCUCGCCGAUCAACCUGGUGAGUGACUUUAGCUCGGGGCUAUUUGCUAAAACACCAAGCGAAGAGAGCGGCGGAGGCGGUAGGCCUGGAGGUACUCCUCCACUUACCGCCUCUUCACUCUCCCAGGAGUCUACCAAUUCGCAAUUUUCGCCAGGCCCCGCAAGUUUCAUUGGGCGUUCCUCGGUGGGUACCUUCAUUCGGCAGCAGCCUUUGACCUCGUCAGGCAGCAGCAGCGUCGACAGCACCCGGGGAAAUAAAACUUCAACGGCACCCCCUAGAUUGGAUUAUCGCAGCAUGGUUUCCGUCGACGAUAUGCCAGAACUAUUUGUUAGCUUUGACAUCCAAGCACCUAAUUAUCCCGAACUUGAAGGUCUCGAACUGAUCCCAAGACCUGCGCGAAGCUGCGAGGACCCGCCAUUGUACCUGAGAUUACGAACUGGCAGGCCAAAGGACAAGAAGAUACCCCGUUCCACCCCUAUAAUGAGCUACGGGAAGAAAAAACUCCGACCUGAGUACUGGUUCAGUGUGCCACGCAACAGAGUCGACGACUUGUACCGAUUCAUUCACGUGUGGGUGCCAAGUCUGUACGGAGAACUAGACGAAAACUACUGGAUCGAACGAGGAUACAUUCUUUUCGAAACCGAUACAGAUCUGUCCCCUGAAGUGUCGCCGCAGGAAGGCGAACCCGGUGAAUCAGCCGAAGAAAAUAAAGAGGCACGUGAUGGCGAUGAGAUAACUGAUCUGACUCGUGAGUCAUGGGAGCUGAUCAAGGCUCCGUACGUAAAGCUCUACAGUAUACUGAAGACUUCAAGCACGUCUGCGGAAGAACAGCCCCAGGACCCAGAGGUUUUGUCUAUGAGCGAUGAGCUGAGAAGAGCUUUGUACGCCAACAGUGCCAUAUCUCUGGAUGUAGACGUCAUUGUUCCUGACUUGGUUGGAACUACGGAAAUUCUCAGCGACGAACACAGAGAACAUCUCUGUCGCCACCUGCCGGCGCGCGCUGAAGGUUAUCUUUGGACACUGGUGUUCAGUACGAGUCAGCACGGGUUCAGUUUGAAUAGUAUGUACAGAAAAAUGGCAAAAGUUGAGAGCCCUAUUCUGCUAGUCAUUGAAGAUACUGAGGGAAAUGUAUUUGGAGCCCUCACGUCAUGUUCAUUGCAUGUCAGUGAUCAUUUCUACGGAACUGGAGAAUCUUUGCUGUUCAGGUUCACUCCAAGGUUCCAGGCAUUUAAUUGGACUGGUGAUAAUCUUUAUUUCAUUAAAGGAAAUAAUGAAAGUUUGGCAAUUGGUGCUGGAGAUGGUAAAUUUGGUCUGUGGUUAGACGGUGAUUUAUACCAAGGCAGAACCCAGUCCUGCAGUACCUACGGAAACGAACCACUGGCUCCUCACGAAGACUUUGUCGUGAAAACACUGGAAUGCUGGGCAUUCAUAUAGGAUCCAAUAACCGGCUCGGUGUCAACAUUCUUGCCACAGCCGAACUUAACUUGAGCUCGUGAUUUCUGGAGGACUUAUAAUCAAGCCAACAAUCCCAGUGUCAGGAGAGAUCAGACUAAUUUUUUCGUAUAAGCCGGUCUCCACUCUGGAGAACAUCACUCUGAAUCCACUUGCCGGAGAUGCUAAACAAUUAAUGAUCACACACUGGAAUACCGUAGCGUUGAUGCUUUGACGUGAUACGGAUAGUUUCAAGGCGGCUAGAGAUUUGUUAACUACACGAAAAAUAGCGAUCAGAUAUAGUUUUAAAUAUCUAACAGUUUUAUUAUUAAAUUAUAUUUUAUUAAAUACUACUGCAAAUAACUUUUAACUAAGAGAGUAUUGCGAAGGAUCAAGGAGAGAGAAAAUACAAUGACAGUUUCAUUUUAUUCGAUAAGCCGGCCGUUUAAUUGUAAUCUACUUUAUUUUUAAUUUUUUUAAUUCAUUCAUUGAAUGUUACUAUUUAUUAAUUAUUAUUAUUAUUACUUAUAUUAUAAAUAUUAUUACUUUACUUGUUUAAGUCAAUUAAUUAAUUUUAAAUGAAUUUUUUUUCGUAUAAAAAAAUCAAUACCGGUUUUAAUUUUUGUGAAUUGUAAAAUAGGCCAAUGAGAUUACCGCGAUGAUUGGUUAAUGUAAAGAUAAUGAUAACAAUAAUUAAAUAAUUAAUCAACGUGUGAGCGAUCCAGUGGAUUUGGACGCUAUUAGCAGAUAUCUAGUGGCAUUUAACGAUGCUUAUACCUCAUAAUUAUUCUAUUAAGAUGCCACUGAUGCUAAAAUAUACGUUUGUUGUGUAGAUAAUGUAGAUAGCUGUACAUAUAAUAUAAUUAUACAUAUAAAUAUAAUUAUACAUAUAUAUAAUAAUAAUAAUGAAUAUAAAUAUAUAAAUAAAAUAAAAAAAAUCAUACUAGUGAUGCUGAAAUAAAAUUGCAGAGUAAUUUAAUCACGUAUGAUUUAAAAUAAUUAUUAUAAAUACUUAUAAAUAUACCUACUAUGUAAACAGAUAAUAAAUAUGAACAUAUUAAAAUUUCGACAGGUUAUGGGCUUGUCUGUUAGGAUCUGAAUUAGCCGUAGAUAUUUCCUGUAUGAAUCGUACUGAUUAAUCAAAGAAAAUAAUUGUCAUCAUUAUAAAUUGUCACCUCAAAAUUAAUCUAUCAAUCAAUUAAAAAAAUAAUUAACACGGUAAUUUGUCAAAAAAAUGUAUUUCGGCGGCGCAUUGAAUACACCAAUCACACAACGAACAUUUGUCGGUGCCUCAGUAAUUAAAUAAAUAUUUUUCGAGGCAUUUCAAUAGUCAUUCAUCAUUUUUAUUAAUUUAUAAUUUUAAAAUUAAAUUGAGUCCAUUGUCAUUAACUACACUUGCUUCAUGUUCAUUAUAAAUAAUUGUAAUGGUUAUAAUUAUUUUUAAAAAUAAAAUAAUAAUAAUAUCAUGUCACUUGUUCGGCUAAUAAGACUUGUAACAUUUAUAUUUAAACUUUAAAAUAGUCUGCGAAAAUAAUCUAGUAUCUAGAUACGAUUGUAAUGUAGUUUUAUUUGUUAAUAUAUUACAAUUACUACAAUUUAAAUUAACAAUUACUGUUUAUUAAAUUAACUAUUUAGUGUGCAUAUCAUUUAAUUCCGUUUAGUGAAGGAAUUUUUGUAAGAAAAAUAAAUAUAUCAUUGUUUUUUGAUUAAGUUUAGUUACAGAGUCCGAAAGAAGAAAUAAGGUUAGAUUGUUUUGAGACUAAACAUAUCGAUCGAUGUAUCUAGAUACUGACGUUUCAUUGUAACUGAUCGAAUUAAUAUCAAACAAGACAAAUACAAUUAAUGAUAAAAAUAAUAUUAAUUAAUAAAUAAUAUAUACUAAUAAUAAAAAUAUGUACUAACUGUUUUUUCGUAGCUAUCAGCUUCACUAGCUUAGGUUUUGAUGAAUAUACCUUAAAAAGAGUUGCAAAUUACGGUUGUCUAGAUUAUUGAUAAACAAUUAAAAUAAAAAAUAUAUAGUAUGUAGGCUCUUGUGAUACUAUUUAAUGACUCUCGGUUUUAAUUGAAAAAAAAAAAUUUGAUUUUUUUCGAAGAAAUAAUUUUGAGAGAAGCUUUUACGCUAAUGUACCUAUGAAACAUCAUUUGAUAGAUGAAAAUUAUUAAAAAAAAAAAACAAAAAACAAUAUUAUUUAUUAAAGUAUAAUAAUUAAUUAUAAUAAUGACAUAAUAAUAAAAUUUGCAAGCCUACCAGCAUUGUAAUGAACACAAAUGUGCUACUGCCUCUACACUUGUAGACGUAGAUUGUUAUUUAAAUGAUGCAUUAAACAAAAAUAAUCCGAUGUUAUUAUUAGCGAUAGGUUCUGGUUGGAAUAAUUAAUGCAGUUAUGUUGGUAAUGUUAUACUUGCGACUCAGGAAGAAAUGCUGCAAUUAUAAUUAUUAACAAACUAACUAAUAACAAUAAUCUGUAAUUAUGAUGUAGACAGUAACGAUUGGUAGUUACUUGUUGAAAAAAGUUAUUAAUCGGCAGUUAAUCCCGCGAAAGCACCAGCAACUGCUUUAAAAUAUUCUUCGCUGAAGAUAUCGUGAAGAUUUUCGUACAUUGUCAAUUAGAUUCAGACUGAUAGCUGGGAUUUAAUAUACACUUUACUGUAUGUUUGUCUAGUUUAUAUUAUUACAAGCUAGACGUGUCGUAUAUUAUAAAUUAUAAUUAUAAUUAUAUAUACAUAUUA